CGUGAGGACCUGACGUCGAAAUCUUCUCGUGUCAAAACAUUGUGGGUUGGGUAGGAGCAAAUGCGGUCCCUUCACUCUUCGAGGUUGACGCGUGCUCGAGUUGGUCCAUGCGCCGCGCCGCUCUCGAGCUUCUGCCUCCGUCACGUUGACUCCCACACGCCCGCGGGCAGCCUCGACCUCAAAACGCUCGAAUAUUCCGCAGAUACCGCCGACGACGGCUCCGAGUACUCGCCACACCGUUGCGCGAGCUUGAAUCGACCGUACAGUUCGCACGCAACACCGGCGGCGGCCCACGAUUGCAUGAGGGACCGCAACCUCGACGAAUAACCCACCCCGCGGGUGCUUUCACUGGCCACCCACCAGCGCCCCGCCUCUUUGCGCAUCCUUGCGCUCAGCUUGUGCAUUCGUAUAAACCUAUCGCGCAGCAACCAGUGCCACCGCGCCGCACGCGACCAUGUCUCUGGAUCAGAUCCCUCCAGCUGCCGCGCCAGCACAUGACGCCGGCGACGACGACGACUUGGGAAAGCUGCUACAGUCGGCGCAAGUUGGGGCCGCGACCGGUGGCGAGGACUUCUUUGCCUCGCUGAACGACCGCGAGCUCGACCGAGGAGAGAAGGCAGUCGACGCCGUCGAUUAUGAAGAUAUCUCUGAUGACGAUCUGCCAGAGGAGGAGUUCGCUAGUGACAACGGCGCUGCCACACAAAACUUCAGUGGAACUACAGUGCAGGAUUCCGCAGAGAGCUUCGAAGAUGGGGGCGACGACAUAGACGACUUAUUUGGCGAUGGACUCUCGAGCCCCGUCAUGGAACGCUCGCACCAGAACGAAGACAGGCCUGUCGACUCGAUCGAAGAUUUGUUCAGCGGAGCGCAAUCACACACCGCCAAACCUGUCGACGGAAGGCCGCAGUCUACCUCGCAGAAUGUUGCUUUUGGAGCUACGCAAGAGGAGGAGGACGACGACGACCCGGAAUGGCUCGAGCAGAAGCGUCUGUUCCAGCAGGCGCGCGCUGGAAAGGAGGGCGAGGGCGCCGAAGCCCCAAGGACAUCAAGGGAGGAUUUCGAGAAGAUGUGGCCCAACUUCGAAGAGAAAGUGCCACCGCGCUUCUUCAGCCUGGUACCGCGCAACCGGGCUUUCUACAUUCCUAAAGUACCGCAGAAACAGCCGAAGCUUAUGCCUCUCACGAAGGCCAGCCUCGAGAUCGCAGUAGACCAAGAGAAGAGCUUUCGAUUGCCCUCGGCCACUCCCGCGACUGGGUCCAAGCGACAGCUAGAAGAAGAGCAGGGCACCCUAAUCUACAUCACAAGGGUCGUUCAAGAGGAGCAAGACAGCGAUGAACAGAUGGAGUUGGACAAUCUCGAUCCUCUCGACGACCACGAGAAGAUUGGAAACGUUUCGUGGGGCGAUCUCAAGAUCGCUUGCGAAGACUGGGAUGUUCUGGAUGACGAAAGUGCUUCAGACGGCGACCAGCUUCUUUCGCCGCCAGAUACGAUACUUGGCGACGACGAUACCGAUUGGAUACGUAGCCUUGUGCCGUCAAAAAAGCGGAAGCUAGGCACUCGAGAGAACCCUGUUACCUUCUCUGUAUACGACCACAUGGAUCUGCCGUCUUUGGAUGAUCCAGAGGCGGAGACUGCACGCAUUGCAAAGAAGAUCAUCCUGGACAUGAACGACCCACAUCUCCUUUUGGAUAUCCAGCAACCCAGCGCAGAGCCACCAAAGCUACGGACAGUGGGUCUUGGUCUCAAACGUGAUAACCGUGGCAGUCUUGCGAAUCCCAUGUUCAAACGUUACAAUAUCUCCAAUGAUGAGGCGUACGAUGCGCUGAAGGAGAGCAGCCAGCAGAAGGUUCGUAGCACGAUUGGUCACAUGAACGUCGAGCAUAGCCUGCCCGCGUUGAAGUUGCAAUACCCCUUCUACAAGGUCAAUCUCACGGAUCGCGAGCUGCGAUCCUUUCACAGGCCCACCGUUGAGUUCAGGCCUGGUGAACGAGCUGGCAUAUCAGUGCUCAAGUCCGUCAAGCGAAAGCACAAAAAGAACCUCAAGCCCUCGGAAGCAUUUGCAACAGCGGAAGAUCUCAACAUCGGUGACAACUCAGAUCUCCUCCUGGCUGAGUACUCCGAGGAGUAUCCCACGACGCUGUCGAACUUCGGAAUGGGUAUCAAGAUUCUCAACUAUUAUCGUCGCAAAGAUAUGGAAGACACUGCGCGACCCAAGCGCGAAGAUGGUAUCGGAGAGACCUCGGUGCUCCUGCCUCAAGACAAGAGCCCCUUCUCGCUCUUCGGCCAAGUCGAGCCUGGCCAAGAAGUAUUGACUCUCCAUAACGCCAUGUACAGGGCGCCAGUCUUCAAACAUACGCCUGAGCAGACCGAUUUCCUUGUUAGCAGAAGUAAGACUGGAGUUAAUGGCUCCAAAUACUACCUGAGAAACAUCCCGAACCUUCUUGUCGUCGGUCAACAAUUCCCAUCUGUCGAAGUUCCUGGUACGCAUGCAAGGAAGGUUACGGAAGCUUCAAAGAAGCGUCUCAAGAUGCUCUCGUUCCGUAUGUACAGGCGGGGCGAACAGUACAAUAUGCGGCAACCGUGGGUCAGCAACGAGAUGAUCAAGAUGCAUCUGCCAGGUACUGAGAUUGCGCAAAACCGAUCUCGCAUGAGAGAAAUCAUGAAAUACGACAAGGAUCUUGGCACCUGGAAGCCCCAAGAGGGCGAGACGAUUCCGGACGAGCCGACAUUACGCGCCUGGAUCAAGCCUGAGGACGUGUGUCUCAUCGAUUCCAUGCAUGCUGGUGACAAGCAACUUCAAGACUCCGGCAUCAAGUCGAACGACAUUAGGGAUGACGAAGAGGAGGCGGAAGGCGAGAACUCCGCUGUCAAACUGGCGCCCUGGAACACCACGAAGAAUUUCUUGAAUGCUUGUGCUGGCAAGGCCAUGCUGGAGUUGCACGGUGAGGGCGAUCCCACUGGACAAGGUCUAGGCUUUAGUUUCAUCAAGGUCUCCAUGAAAGGCGGUUUCCGAGAUGUUGGACAAAGUGCGGCAGAUCAGGUCAAUGCGAAAAAGCAGAAGGAGCUCAGUGGUCACAGCUACAACGUUCAGCAGCAGCAAGCGAUGUACGAGAACGCUAUCAAGCGCAUCUGGAACAGGCAAAAGGAGAACCUCUCGGCUACAAACCCACCCGAAGACAUAGAGGAGGAUGUCGACUCUGCCGCUGCACGUAAUGCAGUACGCGGACGUUCUGAGAUGGGUACUCCAGCCAUUAUGCGUGGCGACGACGAUACUAUGAGUCAGCUCAGUCGCAAUAGUAAUGCGGAGACGCAUGGCAAGAAGUUACGCAUCACGCGCACCAUCAAGAACAAGUACGACGAAUUCGAGGAGGUUACAGUCACGGUCACCGAUCCUGAAGUCAUCAAGAUGUACAUCAAGCGCAAGAAGCAGGACCGGCUGAUGAACAUGCGUCUUGACGACAUCAAGCCCACUGGUGAUGCAGAGUACGAUCGCCAGCAACAACUGAAGCUCAUGGCUGAGCUCAAGCGUCUUGAGCGCAACAUGGAGCGUCGACAGGGCCGUGAGAAGGCCAAGGGUCAAGCAACAGGCGAUGGAGGUCCCGGCAAAGGCGGCGCGACACCCAGGAAAUGCGCCAAUUGCGGUGAAGUUGGUCAUAUCAAGACCAAUAAAAAACUUUGCCCUUUGCUCAAUGGCCAAAAGAAGCAGAGCGACACCUUCAAGGAUGCUUCUGCUGCAACACCUGUGCCUGCUACUCCCCAGACUGCUGGCUCGCCACUGUAGGGAUUUGGUUCAUCCGAAUCUCCGCUCAGUCCCACCAACGGACAUACGAUUCGAAUCAAAAGAGACAAAUAGGUAUUUUUUACACAAGCAUAGCAUCGGCGUUGAGGAUAUAUUCAAAAGUUGGAUGCAUUCGUUCUGAAAACAUCAGGGAGGUGUACGGACAUGGCGCGUAAAGGCCGGGAUCACUGUCAU